GCGGGAAACCAGCAGCAGCCUAGAAACUCGAACGGCCUCUAGGAGCUUCACCCCCCACAGCCAUCCAAUAAGGCUGUAGCGGCGUGCAGCGCGGACGAGCCCUGCAUCCCGCUGGGUGACAGCAGCGCAGGUCUCGGGUAGUGCAUUGCUUUGUACGGGAAUCAGCAAGGCCUAAUAUUAGCGACGAGGCCUUCACUGACCACGACACGGCUGACCUGCUGGCUGGCUGGUCUGGUUUCCCACCUCUUAGAACGGCAAUCUCGCUGUCAUCCGUCUCUAAUUAUUUUUUUUCCUGUACGCGCUACAAGCGCUCGCCUCCGGGAAAUUACACAUUAGUCUCGCAAACGACACCCCCUUAUUUUCCUUUCAGCGAGAUCUCUCCGACACAUACGCUUUACAAGGCAUCCACGUGACGUACACGUAACCUGUCCGCGACAUAACGCCACAUCAGCAUGUCGAGCUCGGCGCGAUCGACGGCGCUGCUGGAGAAGCGGAUGACGGACGCCCUCGCGGCGAGACAUAAGUCGGUGAAGAAAGUCCCGAAGAACUUCGACGCCUUCGUGCUCAAGUUCCCGCGGAUCAACGCCGGAUUGGAGCUGCUCCGAGAGGUGUACGACAAGUUCGUGCCCGAGGGCAGAGAAGGGAUGACCAUGGACGAGCUGAAGGCAGCGCUCGGCCAGCUGCAGGUGACAGUGAGCGAAGGGGAGCUGAAGGCCAUAUUUGAGCAGGCGGAGUUUGACCCCUCGUAUGGCGAAGGGUCAGAGACUGUUACAGAGGAGCCCACCCUCGUGUGCUUCAAUGCCUUUGUGCUCUGCCUCGGGAUUGUCUUCCUGCUCGAGUCAGCUGACAGCGAGCAGAAGUCGCGCCUUGGCACUGGCGACAUCAACUCUGCCUUUCAAAUAAUAGUGGACGCUUUUAUAUACUUUGACGAGGACCACGACGGGCAGCUCACGCGGGUGGAGAUAGAAAAGGGAUUCAGCAGUCGCAACUCGCUUAAAGAGGGCACGCUUCUCCGCAACAUCUCUAUGCGCAUGGAGGAAAUGGACCGGGAUUCCAACGGUGUGUGCACAUUUGUGGAGUUCCUGAAUGCCUUUGUUGGUUGGGUGGGGUCUCAAUAUGCUGAUGCUGAUGCUGAUGCUGAUGAGCAUGCUUAGUUCCUGAACGAAGCGCCUACUCUUUAUUUAUUUCAGAAAUACGUAGCUGGGUACCAUGUAGGAUGAGGCAAAUAUCAUAGGAAGCUGUUCUAGUGGGGAUUGUAGCGGACGUGGAGCUUGUAGCUUGGAAGCAGUAAUCCACACCACAUGCUGAAAGCUUAAUUGAGCUUGUGAUUAGGUAUUCUUAAAAUCCUUAACA